AUGCGGGGAAGAAAAGUAGAUGCGGAAAAAAUAAAAACGUUGAUCACUGAAUUACAAAUAUGUGCAAAUGAUUUUGUUCAAAUUAUUCCUACCCUCGGGGAGGUCGAUUUAGAAAAAAAUAUUGAUGGGAUCGAAUAUGCAAAUACUCAAGAAACUAUUGAAAAAUUAAAACAACAUGUAGAAUGUGGAGAUCGAAUGGUGAAUAUUACUGAUCCUAAAAUCAGUCUAAUUGCUAACACAGAAUUUUCAUCUCUUGAUGAGCUAGAAAGAUUGCUCCGUACAGUUACAUACACGAGAAAAAGUUUUGAGUCACUUUGGAAUGAGUUAUCUAUUGUAUUAAUGAAUGAUAAUGAGAAUGUUGAUGAGUAUGGAAGUAGAGUGUUGAAAUUAUAUAAUGAUUUAAUUGAUUGCAAUGAGGGUGAUAAUGAUGGUUUUGGUUCCAUGAUUUAUCAAGCUGCAUUGGCAUCAGCUUUUAAUGAUUUGCUUUUAACAUUUGUUAAUACUGUUGAUCUUUGCUAUAAAUUAAAAUUAAUUUUGGAACAAUUUGGAGUUCCAACAUGUGUAUUAAAUUCAGAAGUACCAGCAUCAUCAAGAUCCAGAGCUGUAACACAAUUUAAUACUGGUACAUAUGAUGUUAUAAUUGCAUCUGAUGAACAAGUUUUAGAAGAGUCACAUAAAAUUAAUCAGAAAAGUAAACGUAAAAAGAAGAAAGAACCUGGUGUUGCACGUGGUAUUGAUUUUUAA